AUGUCAUCACUUCGAUCUGCUCUUACUUUGGCACCGAAAGUAGCCGGUCGUCGACAAUUUAGUUUAACUUCACGAAAACGUUUACAAGACAAUUGGGAUCAAGAAGCUUUACCUGGUUCUAAUGUUCCAUUUAAUGCAAAUAGCAAAUGGGGUUUAGCAACAACUUUGAUUCUCUAUGUAUCAUCAGCUGUUGCUGUUCCAUUCUUUGCUAUGCGUUGGCAAUUACUUAAAAAACGUGCUGGAUAA